GACCUCGUGAGAUUACCUAACAUCUACGCUACAGCUGAGUAACAAAUACACGUGACACUCUUCUCCACGCUGCGGCGGAAUUGAUCCCAACUCCAUCGCUCUGUUCUUUUCCUUUCUUCUCGAGACACGACAGCAGAAAGCAGAGAGAGAGAAGAAAAACAUACGACGCAGCGACUGUCUGAGAAGGUUUUUGGAUGCGGUUUUGGACACCGAUUGAUUUGACCUCUGCCAGACGUCCGUAUCUUCUUCCAAAUGAGGUGGUGAUCUUAGUUCAAGACGGGGUGGGGCUUUAUGAAGGACGAUACAAGGUAGACGCUUUUCAAAACGGAAGAUUGUAUUUGACCACACACCGCGCAUGCUACGUCGACAACUCGAAACCGGUGAAUCAUUCGGUCGCCGUUGAUCUCGCGCGCGUGACGCGGAUCCAGUUCUCGCCCGGCCUCUUACGCUCGUCGCCCAAGAUUUCGCUGUUUUUGGUUCCCCAGGCACUGCGUUUAUCAACUCUAUCAGCAGCGGAGAAUGGCUCGCAGACACUACCCGCCCCGAGCCCAGUAUCAGCGACAACCGCCAGCGGCGCGCCGGAUGCGAACGCGAACGCGAGCUGGAUCUGUCCGAUCUGCUCGUUUUCAAACGCAAUCAAGUUCGCCGACCUGGACAAAACCCCGCCACCUUGUCUGACAUGCGGGAUCAGUCCCGCGGCCGCCGUGCUGGCGGCCGCCAAGAUCGACUUCAUGGAGCGCCAGCAGCAGCGCGGGAGCACGCCGCCCGUGCAGCGCGCAGGCGAGGUCGAGAUCGACACUGGGUUCCCGUGUCCGCGGUGCACGUUUGUGAAUCAUCCGUCGCUGGUGCAGUGCGAGAUCUGUGGCGCGGACCUGGUGUCGCGGAAUCUGCCGCCGGCGCUGGCGAACCACGGCACGCUGAAGGAGGAUAUUACUGCGUUUUCGCGGUCGCCGACGCCGGGGGUGGGGAGUGAUGAGGAGAUUACGUUUGUGAAGAUUAGUUUUAGAACCGGAGGGGAGAAGACGUUUUUGGAGAAGUUGAAGGUUGUUAUUCGGGAGCGCGCGUGGGAGCAGCACCAUCGUCACCAUCCGCAUCUGGCGUCGCAUCUGCCGGACGCCGAGGACGACGAUACACACCAUCAUCACCUAGACAACGACGGAGCACACGAAACCCAUGUCCAGCACCAUCACAUUCCACGCCUAGGAAUCCACGGUCUCGAAACGAUGAACGCAAAGCAGCGGCACCACACGAGCGAACUGAUGGACUCGCUAAGCGACCUCAACACGCUGAUGAGCAAAGCGCAGGAAAUGGUCGCGCUGGCCGAGUCGCUUGCGCGGCGGCUGUCGAGCGCGCCGGGCGUGUCGCCAGAAGCACGGAAGGCGCUGCUGGAGUCGUCGACUGCGCUGUCGCUGUCGUCGCCGGUGGUGGUGCGGGAGAUGGCGGGGUCGCAGGACGAGACGUUUUACGACGAGCUUGCGCGGCAGGUGGCAGAGUUUCUGGAUAACGGGGUGCUAGUGCGGGAAGGCGGGAUCGUGACGCUUGUGGAUCUGUACGCGCUGUACAACCGAGCGCGGGGCAUUUCGCUUAUCUCGCCCAAGGAUUUCUACAAGGCGUGUUCCGGGUUCGAGCGGCUGAAGCUGCCGUUCCGGAUGCGCAAGUUCCGGUCGGGCGUGAUUGUGGUGCAGGAGGCGUAUUACACCGAGAGCAAGGUGAAGCGGAUGCUGCUGGAGUGGAUGCGGCAGAUGGGCGAGGAGCAUACGGCGCAGAUCGGGGUGACGACGCAGGACGUGAAUCAGCGGUUUGGAUGGAGCGUGAUGGUUGCGCAGGAGGAGCUCGAGGCGGCGGAGAGGUCGGGCCAGCUGUGUCGGGAUGCGUCGGCGGAGGGGACGCGGUUUUAUAUCAAUCUGAUUAGCAGUUUUAAGAUGCCGGUGGUGUUUUAGUGUGUUUUUGA